AUGUCGGAGGAAGAUUCAUUUAUUGAUACUACAAUAAAUCUACCAGAUAAUAAAACACCCUAUGAAAAUAACAACAACAACCAGCAAAAACAAGUGGAUGAUAAUACAGAACCAGCACAACCAGAAUUAACUGAACAAGAGAAAACUAUGCAAGUGAUUGAACCAGAUAAGGAGGAAGAAGAAGAAUUAGCUACUGAUAACAUCAAUCCCCAAGAACAAGUUACAAAUGGCAACGCCGCGGAUGAUGAGGAACCACCAGCUAAACGUAUCAAAUUGGAAGAACAAGAAGUUGAAGCUCCAGCAGAACCAGAACCAGAAACUAUCAUCAGCAAUGGGAACAAUAUCAGGGAAAACAAAAUUGUCGUUGUCCCCCACACAAAACCUCAUUUAUUCUAUGUCCCAUUAAAAACCGGAUUAGUUUAUGAUGUAAGAAUGAGAUAUCAUGCCAAAAUCUUCACAUCCUAUUUCGAAUACAUAGACCCCCAUCCAGAAGAUCCAAGACGUAUUUAUCGUAUCUAUAAAAAAUUAGCAGAAGCAGGAUUAAUUCAAGAUCAAUCCUUAUCAGGUAUAGAAGAUAUUGGACCAUUAAUGCAUAAAAUCCCCAUCCGGGAAGCUACUAUUGAAGAAAUCUUACAAGUUCAUUCAGAACAACAUUUGAAAUAUAUCCAAUCUACAGAAACAAUGUCCCGGGAUCAACUUAUGGAAGAAACAGAAAAGGGUGAUUCAAUCUAUGUCAAUAAUGAUUCUUAUUUCUCGGCGAAAUUAUCAUGUGGUGGAACAAUUGAAGCCUGUAAAGCCGUAAUUGAAGGAAGAGUGAAAAAUUCAUUAGCGGUAGUUCGUCCACCGGGACAUCAUGCUGAACCAGAAACACCAGGUGGGUUUUGUUUAUUCAGUAAUGUCGCCGUCGCCGCCAAAAAUAUCCUAAAAUCAUAUCCUGAAUCCGUUCGUAAAAUCGUCAUUGUCGAUUGGGAUAUUCAUCAUGGUAAUGGUACUCAAAAAUCAUUCUACGAUGAUCCACGAGUCUUAUAUAUCUCCUUACAUCGUUAUGAAAAUGGUCGAUUCUACCCGGGGACAAAAUACGGGAAUUCCGAUCAUGUAGGUGAGGGCCCUGGUGAAGGAUAUUCCUUAAAUAUCCCUUGGAGAAGUGCUGGGAUGCAUGAUGGUGAUUACGUAUAUGCAUUCAAUCGAGUCGUUAUACCUACCAUCAUGGAAUUCGAUCCUGAUUUGGUGAUUAUUAGUUCGGGAUUCGAUGCUGCUGAUGGGGAUAUUAUUGGUGGAUGUCAUGUCACUCCCGCCGGAUAUGGAUAUAUGACCCAUAUGUUAAAAGGAAUAGCCAAGGGGAAAUUAGCCGUGAUUUUGGAAGGUGGAUAUAAUUUGGAUUCGAUAAGUAAUAGUGCAUUGGCAGUUGCAAAAGUAUUAGUUGGCGAACCACCUGAAAACACAAUUAGUUCUCAACCCCAUCCUGAAACAGUGGAAGUUUUGGAUGAAGUGGUGAAGAUUCAACUGAAAUAUUGGAAAUGUUUAAGACAUGGAAUUCCCACAGUGGCGUUUGAUGAUGUAUAUGAUAUGAAAUCUAAUGGUACUUCAAUGGCUUAUAAAUUGGUGAAUAUUGCUGAUCCUAUUCGUGCUCAUCAAUCAAAUGAAUUAUUUUCCAAGUAUUCAUUUAUUAAUAUUCCUAUAAUUGCCAACAACCCCACUGUGGAUGAUAAUAAAAGUGGACCAUUCACAACUGAUUUACCAGGACAACUUGAAGAUAUCAUAAUUGCCAGCCCCGAUGUAUUCAACUCCACCACAAUCAUACUAUCCAUCCAUGAUCCACCAGAUAUUUGGGCAAACAUAAACCCCGUCAACGGAACCAUCGAAACCAACUCUUCAAUCAUCCUAGAACAUCCCGUCGUCCAAAUCAUCAACAAAAUAAAACAAGAACAAGAAAAAGAAUCCGAUUCCACUCCCUCCGCCUCCACCCUGGACUCAAUAGGCUACAUCGACAUCAACAUCCCAUCCUAUCAACUCCCCAUCCCCGGUCUAACCACCUCCAACACCCCGGCCUCCACAUAUAACCCAAUCAUCUUCGCCCAAGAAAUCCUCUUAUACAUAUGGGACAACUACAUCUCCUAUUCCAACUCCAUUAAGAAAAUCAUCAUGUUAGGUUUCGGUGACGCCUAUCAAGCCAUCGUUAACCUAUUUUCAAAACGCCCCUCCCUGGAAAUCAAAGAAUUGGUAAAAGGUACCAUCGCAUUCGUCAAUCGAACAAGUUUGAAACCAUUAGUCCCCGUCAUGGAUGAAUCGAUGGUGGAUUGGUAUUAUACCAAUUCUGUCAUUUUUACUAGUUGUUAUAACCCCUGUUGGACGGGUCUGAAUGGGGUGGGGAGAUUGGCAUAUCUGAGUAUGACUAGUACUAGUGGUGGGGGCGAGAAUAACCUGACACCGGGGGAUGAAGGGAAUAAGAGACCUAGAAGGAAGUUUGGUAGGGUGAUUAAGGCGAGUGUGGAUGGGAUUUGGGAUAUUAUGCAUGAGAGGUUUGAUGAAGGGGUGGAUUUUAUAUUGGAUUCGAUUGAGGAUUGUUCGAGCUCUGAAAGUGGUGUAAAUAAUUAA